UAAUGUUCACACAGCUCACAUGCACGGAAUUAACGGACACAACCAGACGCACAAUGAAGCGUGUUUUUAACAUUUAUAUUUGGCAUGCUAUGGAUUAUAUACUAGUCCUUAGUGUUGGUUUGAAGGAGACACCGACUCUUGGAUCUAAGGAUAGUCCUAGAGUUCUCAUUGAAGAAGAUGCGGUCAGUGUCGGAUUUGAAUAUCCAGUAUACCAGAAUCACAGUGUGUUCUUCUAUCAUGAAGCCUCUGGGGAGAUGUAUGUAGGAGGGACUGAAUUUGUAUUCAGAUUUGAUGUGGAUAACAAUCGUAUUAUAGAGAACUUUUCUCUGAAAACAACAGAGCAACAAGAGUGUCAAGAGGACCCCUGUGAAAACGUGAUCACUGUGAUCGAGAAGUUCCAGCACAGUCUGUUUGUCUGCGGAACAAAUGGACACAGACCACAGUGUUGGAAGCUUUUUUCUUCAGUGAACAAUCACUCUCAUGACAUAAAACCAAGUCUGGAGGGGACAGGCAUCUCUCCAGUCUUGUAUACACAGAACUCCUUGACUCUCACAGUAGAGGGCGAUCUUUAUUCAGCAGCGCCUUUGCACACUGAUGGAAGUUCAUUACAGUUCAGAAGGAAAGCUGGCAGCAGAAAUAAUGUCUGGAUGUAUGACAAAUGGGUCUCAGAGCCGACAUUCAUCUCUGCAUCCUGGGUGAAGCAGAUAGAAAACCCUGAUGAUGAGAAGAUUUACAUCUUUUUUCGCGAAAAGAACACGGAUAACAACCCAGAGGCAGACCCCUGGAUAUCGAGGGUUGCCAGAGUUUGUAAGGUAGAUGAAGGCGGAUCAAAACGAUUCUUCUCCAACAUGUGGGCGACUUUCCUCAAGGCCCGACUUGUCUGUGGGUUUCGAGAGGAGUCAUUGUAUUUCAACCGUCUUCAGGAUAUUUAUGUGAUGGGCGCUGAGGAUUGGCAUGACACCAGAGUCUAUGCCCUUUUCACAAGCAGCUGGAACUCCACAGCAGUGUGCAUUUAUUCAAUAGCACAAAUUGAAGAAAUAUUUGAGAAUUCAACCUACAAGGGUUACAACAACAACAUCCCCAAACCAAGGCCAGGAGCGUGUGUAAAAAACAGCAAAGGCCUGCCACUGGAGACUAUCAAUGUUGUGAAGGAUUACCCAGAAAUGACUGACUGGGUUCCCUCCAUGGAUUAUAGAGCUCCAUUUUAUAUCAGUAGCAACAACUACACCAAGAUAGCUGUGGAUCGAGUCCAGGCAGCUGACCAUCAUAUGUAUAACAUCCUACUUCUAUCCACUGAUUCUGGGAAGAUCCAUAAAGUGUUAGAGGCUGGGUCUGAACCUUUCAUCAUCUCUGAAACACAACUUUCCAGCCACUCUACCAUACAAUCAAUGAAACUGGACUCCAAAAAGAAAAAAUUAGUGGUGGGUUUUUCAGAGAAGAUCUCUAUAGUGGACCUCCAGAGAUGUAAAGAGUACAACAAAUCCUGCGAAGAAUGUGUUCUGGCCCGAGACCCGUACUGUUCCUGGACGGAGUCCGGAUGCACCCCAACUGUCCCUGGAGGAAUUCAAAAUAUCAUGACUGGGGAAAUAAGUGUGUGCCCUACAGGAUCAGUAAACCGGAAAAAACGGGAGACAGUUUUACCAACACCAGAGGAUGGGAGGACAGUUUACUCGGUCCCACUGGAUGUCCCUUUCUAUCUGUCCUGUCCUAUAAACUCUUACCAUGCUGUCUACACCUGGAAGCAUGGAGGUCAGGAAAGCCCAUGUCUGCAAAUGCAGUCUAAUUGCCUUCACCUCAUCCCUGCCAUGGCACAAGAGAACUACGGCAACUACGAGUGUGUUUCCGAAGAGAAAAGCUACUCAAAAGAGGUGAAAAAGUAUCGACUCGAGGAGCAAAAGAUCCCAAAUUCAAUGGAUAACAGAAUGAAUGAUGGAUCAGCUGUUGUGCCGCAAAUACGUAUUAGCCUUGGACUGACUGUAGCAGUUAUGGGGAUAUUCAGAUAGCUAUUUAAGAUCAGCACUUUCUUGCUUUGGCUUUGCUCAUCCGGCCAGGACACAGGCAGUAUACAGGAAAUCCAAGCUUGCAGAAAAAAAAAAGACCACAUAGCUGCCACAAAAAGGUAUUCUACAAGAACAAGCUCUGGCCAUGUUUAUUUUUAGAAGAGAAGCCAAAACAGGAAGAGGUCAGUGUGAUGAAAGGAGAAACCAGCACAACCGGUCAAGCACAGAGCACCACAAUUGAUCUAAAGAGGCGUAUUGGUCUUGACGAAUCAGCUGUUUCAUUGAGGUAGUGUAUCUUGGCUUUUUUUUGGACGACUAAAACAAUGGGAGGGUGUAAGAGGUACUCUGAAGGAAUUCAUUUGAUGGUAACAAGGGCUCAUUCUGAAAGACUGUAACCCUCAAACCAAAUCACACCAUUAAGAUGUGAUCAUCAUUGCAUGAGAGCAGCCCUUUGGUCCAUUAGAGAUCACGAAAAUGUUGUGCUCCUGUGUGAAAUUCCUCUGUGCCUCCUCCUCUGUGCACAAAAGACAGACUGUUUGUACAAGAAAGUUGAGGCACCUUGCCAAGGACCCUCGGAAGUUCCUAGUUUUUCUCAAAUUUUAUCAAAGCUUGGUGAAGUGAAAGGAAGUUACAUAAAAUCAUUUGUAUUUAGUAAAACAAAGAAGGAAUUUGGCGUAAUUAAUAUACAACAAAAGGAAGUGAGUUAACCUAGAAGGGAAACUAGGCGAGCGGAUGCUGUUCUUAACAACAAUCAGAGUCUCUGCUAUCUAAAGGAAAUCUAAAUCAAAAACUCACUAUCGAGCUAUUAUUAAACAACCAUAAACAGAGAGAAGCGGCACACCUAAACCAAGUGCUUCUAAAUAAAACAUAUCUACCUGUAUGCACUCAGUAAAAUUAACUACAUCUGGCCCAGUCUCCAGGUAGCAACAAAAUAUCUCAACGAAACAUGAUAAUUCAGUACAACAGAGGCAAGCUCAACACAAAAAAACAAAAAAAACUUCAAUGUUUGAUUCUUCAAACUGGAUCCAGUGGAUUGGAUGGAUAGACCAGAUGCCGCUCCAAUCUGGAUCCUCCUCGUCUCCGAAAAAAGGGAUGAUGCAGGUGGCAACGUCUCACACAGCUGGGGCCUAUCAGGGAAUACAACCACACACCUAGCUUAGUUAUUCACAGGCGUGUCUGGGAGCAGCCUUAACACUGCAGCUGUUGUCACAGUCGGUGGUCAGAGAGGUGAUGAGCCUCUGAAAUAAUAAGCACCUUGCACCUUUGAAAAACACAAUAUUAACUGCACUAUUAGCACCACAUUCCAGGUGAUAGUUUGUCAGACAUUUGUCGGUGAUUGAAGUUUUAUGAGUCACUUUUCUAUUUCUAUUAAAGCAAGACCAUGUAACUUAACUUAAACAGUAGCCACUCUUUCCACUAGAGACAAAUAUAGGGACGAUGCUAAAUGCUAAAAUAUAGCUCUACAGUAGUAAAGGGAGAGAAAAGUCACAGAACUGGCUAAAUAAUGUCCAUUAUAGACCAGGCAGUGUUUCACAAGUUACUUUGUCUCACUUUAAAUAAGAAAUUGCUUUUUGAAAGAUUACUAAUCUAAAAAUAUUUAUUGUUUAAAUAACAUUUUGGUACAAGCGUGAGUUAUAUUUUAUUAUUAAAUCUUUAUUUCCUUCAUAGUGUUUUUUUAUACUUGUAAUAUGUCUGUAUCAUUUCAGAAAAAAAAAAAACAUAUAUUUUUGCAUAAAGAUUGCUUGGAAAUCUGAGUGACUAUGAAAUAAAAAAAGAAUGUAGAUGAAAAUACAUAAACGAUGAGACCAAAAGGGAAGAUAAAGGUGGAAUAAUCUAAGUUAUACUCCUAUUCUUAAGUUUUAACCUGCUUCUCCUUCAUUUUAUUUAUAUGCAGCUUUUAUCUUUUCUUUUUCUUCUUAUUUAUAUAUUUAUUCAUAAUACUAAUAUUAGUAUUAUAAUACAGUUUGAUCCUUAUUACUUACAAUCCUGUAUCUCUUUGUUUAAUAUCCAUGAAUGUAUAUGGAUGUAUGUGAAUGAAUGAAUGAAUGAAUUAAUGUGCAAUCAGUAAAAUGUAUCUUAUCUUAUGUUGUGAUUUUUUUUUCUUUACUCAUGAAAAAGAGCACUCAUAUAGUAAUUUACCGUAUGAAUAAUCCUCUGUGGCUCAGUAAAAAUAUUACUAUAUAACAGAAGACUCAUAGCAAUGUUUAGAAGGAAUCCACUUGUAAGUGGUUUCAAGAAAGUCAUUUAUUCCUCCUGAGUAGGUCAUGCUUUCAUUAGACAGUAAACCACGUGUAGUCUGAUCACAGACAAACGACAACGCUAAGGAUCUUUUGUUUAAUCUGUCUUAUUCCUGGAUCUAAAGUCUCCACCCUGCUAAUGACGAACAACUGAGCACAUCUUGUUUACCGGAAGAGAGGAAAUAACAACACAGCUUUUUACUGUGUAUCUGCAGCCAUCAUCCAUGAUUCCUGUUAGAAAUACCAGCCAGAAAUUCAUGAGAAUUCUUCAGCAGUUUUAUUUUAGAUGAACACCCAGAUUACACAUCUACAUUAAACAGUCAUCUUGAUAUGUUUGUAACCGAACCCUGCUGUUUCUAUGUUGGUUUGUGAGGAUUGCUUAUCAUCCUCAGGUUAGCAAAGUAUUUACUUUUCAAAACAGCAAUGACUUGUUGUGGUAUAAAGUCAAAUACCACAAGUUGUGUCAGCUCUUUUCACCUGAGGUUUCAACACACUUUUGACAGUUUUGUUUUACCCAGCAGUGCAGAGUGCACAGUUUGAAUAUGGAUGACCCACUGUAAAUGUGUCGCGCUGAUUUACUGUAAUGAAGAUUAUGGAGCGUCUGGCUUAAGCUGCAGCUGACCUGACACCUGAACUGACAGCUAAGUGGCGUGUGCACCUGCUGUGUGGACUGCUGCUUAGAAAGUUACUCUAGUCCAGACAGAGACGUAAUAUGUGUUUACAGAGAGUUGUAAUUUACGUCAUUUGUGGUGUCUGCAUGAGUCAUUGCAUGAGCCGCCCUGUAUAAGUCAUUCCAAACCCACCCUGCUGAAGCUGUGGGAUGAAAAUAAAAAGGUAUUUAAUUGGUAACAGG